AAAAGGUCCCCUCCCUCUCCCUUUCCCUCCAACCCUUCUUGACUACCACCACCCCAAACACUAAUACUAAUUGUUUAGCCUCACAACCACCAUAUGUGCCAUCACCAGCACCAAGACUCCGGUGUGUAGCCACACCAUCACUAGCACCAGCAAUGCUAGGUGCCUGGUGCCACUCUCUUUUCCUUCUUCUUCUUUUCUUCUUCUCUUUCAAUUUCAAGCAAGAGGCUGAUGCCCAGCGGCAUUCGGAAAGUCACCACUUUGGUGACGCAAAGGCCCUCGAGCAACCAUCGGAGCUUUUGAACCUGGAGUACCACAUGGGACCGGUACUAAGCUCCCCGAUCAAACUCUAUAUCAUAUGGUAUGGCUUUUGGAACCCCUCUCACCAGUCAAUCAUUCGCGACUUCCUCCUCUCCCUCUCAUUCUCUGGCGCCCCCUCCCCCUCAGUGUCGGAGUGGUGGAGAACCAUCUCCCUCUAUACCGACCAAACCGGAGCCAGCGUAACUCGAGACAUAACCCUAGCAGGUGAGAUCUCAGGCUCCUCGUACUCCCAUGGGACCUCCUUAACUCGCCUAAUGAUACAAUCGGUGAUCGAGGCCGCUACUUCAAGGUCGACAAUCGACACUAAAGGCGGCCUCUAUCUAGUCCUAACGUCUGCCGACGUUGAAGUCCAAGAUUUUUGCCGUGCGGUAUGUGGGUUCCACUACUUCACCUUCCCGGCCAUAGUGGGCAGCACCGUGCCUUAUGCAUGGGUUGGCUAUAGUGGGGCUCAGUGUCCCACAAUGUGUGCCUACCCCUUUGCAUUGCCUAGCUAUAUGGAUCCUCCUAGUCCUAGAAAAGGGAAUGUCAUGGGGCCUCCUAAUGGGGAUGUAGGGGUGGAUGGGAUGGUUAGUGUUAUAGGGCAUGAAUUAGCUGAAAUGGCCUCAAAUCCAUUGAUCAAUGCUUGGUAUGCUGGGGAUGACCCUACAGCCCCAACUGAGAUAGCUGAUGUGUGUGUAGGGGUUUUUGGAUCUGGGGGAGGGGGUGGGUAUGUGGGAGUGGUGUCAUUUGAUUCACUUGGAAGGGCUUAUAAUGUCAAUGGUGUGAAGGGGAGGAGGUUCCUAGUGCAAUGGAUAUGGAACCGUGAGAAGAGCUCUUGCUAUGGUCCCAAUGCCAUUAACUAGAGCUCCACCAUUUUCCCUUCAAAUUAGUGAGAAUGGAUGGUGAGGAUUCAUCCAUUUAGAUGGACCAUCUGAACCCUCCAUUUGCCACUAGUAUGGUUUUGUGUAGUAGAAUAGACAGAUAUUGGAGGAGUUUGUAUGGUACCCCCAUUUCCUUGAGAUGCACUAUGAAGAUCCCA